GUCGCAACACCAUGUGGUGUGACCAGCAACGUAGUACGGACGCGUCCCUGUCCAAAGUCUUUAUCGUCGCUCCCCUCCACUCCAGGAUCGACCAAAGCAAAAUUAAUCAACGCGUAUGCAUGGAGACGGAGACGGGCAUCUGCGACCUCCCGCCGGACUGCCUGGCCCUCGUGGCCUCCCUGACCUGCCCCGGCGACGCGUGCAGGCUGGCGGCCACCGCCAGCGCGCUCCGGGCCGCCGCCGACUCCGACGAGGUCUGGGGGAGCUUCCUUCCGGCGGACUGGGCCGACGUCCUCGCGCGGUGCAGCACCGCCGGCAGCCGCGAGGGUGAAACAAAGAAGGAGCUCUUCUCCCGCCUCUGCGGCUCCCCCGUCCUCCUCGACGGCUGCAACCUGAGCUUCUCGCUGGACAGGCGUAGCGGCGGCAAGAAGUACAUGAUACCGGCGAAAGCUCUGUGCUACGGGUGGAGUGGCUACCCCUACGGAGGCCUCGCCUGGUCGCACUGCCACCCUCACUCCAGAUUCCGUGAGGUGGCUGUUCUAUCGCACCUGUGCUGGCUGGACGUGUAUGGCAUUUUGAACACCAAAAACCUCCCGGGCGUCGGUAGAGGCUAUGCCGCCUAUCUAGUAUACAGGGUGCAUUGGUUGCCAACUCCAAACACCGCUCAAAAGCAACGCGAAAAAGCUACAGCAUCCUCUGCCGCCGCCAUCUGCAACCAUGAGUGCAACCAUCUGGUGCCUCAUAACUACUCGCGGUCUCCGUUAUGGGACUGGGAUUGGGAACUCGAUGGAUCAUCGUCGUCGUCUACGUUGGUAGCCAUGACCGAGAAGAAUCAAAGUCGGAAGCGGCGGCUGAAACCUGAUGGUGUUUGCGUGAGGAGCGACGGACGGUGGGUAGAGCAAGAGAUCAAAAUAGAGUUGGACGAGCAGUGUGUGGAGGGAAAAGAGAGCAAUAUUUCCGUUGAGUUCAGAGGGUUGACAGGGUCGCAUGGGUGCCAGAUUAUCAUAGAGGGGAUCGAGGUAAGACCGAGAGCAAUGGAGAGUCGAAAGCAUGUAGAUGCUGCUUAGAUAGAUAAAUUCAGUCGUAUUGUGAAGUUUGUUUGCAUCAGUAUUGCAAUUUGCAACUAUGUUGUAAACUUGAUAUCUUAAUUAAUUUUGUGCCUUA